GCAGGUGUCCGAGGCAAGCCCAGCCCACAGAGCCUUCCAAGCUCAGCUGGGGGAGAUCUAGAACACAGGCGGGGGAUAUAAUGGUGCAAUGAACCGUUCGUUCUUCUGGAGCCUUGUGGUGAAAACUGCUGCUCCUGAGAUGCUGUGAAAGACUCUUUGGAGGUGAUUUCAAUUCUGCUGUAUUCUCUACUCAGCCUUAUCCACACCUUCUGGUCUCAGAGAAACACAAGCCAGAAAGGGGGAAAGACAGACAGACAGGACUCUCUUCCCAGAACCAUACAGGAACGGAGGAAUCAUGUCCAUGAUCGCAGCUUUCUACAGCAACAAGUCUAUCCUCAUCACAGGGGCCACAGGCUUCCUGGGCAAGGUGCUCAUGGAGAAGUUAUUCCGUACCAGCCCCCACUUGAAAGUCAUUUACAUCCUCGUGAGACCCAAGUCUGGACAGACACUGCAGGAAAGGGUUUUCCAGAUCCUCAACAGUAAGCUGUUUGAGAAAGUCAAAGAAGUCUGUCCAAAUGUGCAUGAGAAGAUCAGACCCAUCUCCGCAGACCUCAACCAGCGUGACUUCGCCAUCAGCAAGGAAGACGUGCAAGAACUUCUGUCCUGUACCAAUAUUAUCUUCCACUGUGCAGCCACAGUGCGCUUUGAUGCACAUCUGAGAGAAGCUGUGCAGCUGAACGUCACGGCCACCCAGCAGCUCCUGCUAAUGGCCAGCCAGAUGCCAAAGCUGGAAGCCUUCAUCCACAUCUCCACUGCCUUUUCCAACUGCAACCUGAGCCACAUUGAUGAGGUCAUCUACCCAUGCCCUGUGGAGCCAAGAAAGAUCAUUGACUCCAUGGAGUGGUUAGAUGACUCUAUCAUUGAAGAGAUCACUCCUAAGCUGAUUGGGGACCGGCCCAAUACCUACACCUACACCAAAGCCUUGGGAGAGAUAGUAGUGCAGCAAGAGAGCGGAAACCUGAAUGUGGCCAUUGUCAGGCCAUCCAUAGUGGGAGCAACCUGGCAGGAGCCUUUCCCGGGUUGGGUUGAUAAUCUAAAUGGACCCAGCGGACUCAUUAUUGCGACUGGGAAAGGAUUUCUUCGGUCCAUAAAAGCGACUCCCAUGGCAGUGGCAGAUGUGAUUCCAGUUGACACAGUUGUUAAUCUCACCAUAGCAGUAGGAUGGUAUACUGCAGUUCAUAGGCCUAAAUCAACAUUAAUCUACCAUUCCACAUCUGGUAAUCUCAAUCCCUGUAACUGGUAUAAAAUGGGAUUACAGGUCUUGGCGACCAUCGAAAAGAUCCCAUUUGAGAGUGCUUUCAGAAGGCCAAAUGCUGACUUCACCACCAGCAAUUUCACCACCCAUUAUUGGAACACCGUCAGCCACCGGGUCCCAGCCAUCAUCUAUGACUUCUAUCUGAGGCUUACUGGAAGGAAACCCAGAAUGCUGAAGCUCAUGAACCGGCUGCUAAAAACCAUUUCCAUGCUGGAGUAUUUCAUCAACCACAGUUGGGAAUGGAGCACAAACAACACGGAGAUGCUUCUGUCAGAGCUCAGUCCUGAAGACCAGAGAGUAUUCAACUUUGAUGUGCGUCAGUUGAACUGGCUCGAAUACAUUGAAAAUUACGUUUUGGGGGUUAAGAAGUAUCUACUAAAAGAGGAUCUGGCCGGUAUCCCCAAAGCAAAGCAACACCUAAGAAGGCUCCGGAACAUUCACUACCUCUUUAACACUGCCCUGUUUCUUAUCAUCUGGCGCCUCCUCAUUGCAAGGUCUCAGAUGGCUCGGAACGUCUGGUUCUUCAUUGUAAGCUUCUGUUACAAGUUCAUCUCCUACUUUCGGGCCUCCAGCACACUCAAGGUCUAAGAACAUUAUACCAGCCCAUCAUCUGGAACCUCAGAUACCUCUAAGGCAGUAAACUGGGUCUUAAGCUAGAAAGUAACAAGAAGCACUCCCAAGCUUCCAGUCAAAGUUGCCAUUCCACCUUCUUCCCUAUUCUUUGUGUGUGUGUGUGUGUGUGUGUGUGUGUGUGUGUGUGUGCGCGUGCGCGCGUGCGCAUGCGUGUAGGAUUGCUUGUUUGGUGUUUUGUUUUUGUUUUAGUGAGGAAAGUCCAUCUCUAACUGCAUACAUUUACAGAAACGUAACUUCCAGAUUAUAUCCUGACACCACCACUCCACACUAUCACACAGGAAGCAUGAAAGCACUCCUUUUCCUUUAUUUAGCUACUUCCCGACAAAACUAAUUUAAACUCACUAAAGAUGGAAGAACACGUGGCAGAAGUCUAAAUAGGCUAGAGAAAGGCAGCACCAAGCAGGGAAGCAUGCUCAGUACCAAGGCAAGAGCUUCCAACCAUUGUGAACUGCGCAGCUCAACCUCCUCACAAUACAACACAAGUAGCCUUCUGUGUUAAACACUACAGUCCUGGUUGAAUUGAGGGGAAGUAGGCUCAUGCCUAUCCUGUUUCUCACCUCUGUCCCCAGCUUAAUGCUAAAAGGAACAAACGGUGUAGAUGAGUACACACCAAAUGAGAACACAAUCAUACAUGCACCAGGGAGUCUUGUGUACUUCACUUAUAACAUGAUUUGGACAUCCCUUACUCUGCGUUUUUCAUCACCAUUGUUCUGAAAGCUUCAAGUCCUCUUCUUACUUAAUGACGUUGCCAAAGCCCUUCUACUUAAGUGUUUCACUCAGGCCUCAGUCAGAAAGGAUGAUGGGGAGGGUGACGUUCCUAGACUCGAACCAUGAAAACCCUCCUGACCUUUACCAGUGAGGGAAGCAAAACUUCAAAUAAAAUGUAAAGUUUUAGUUUCUGUCUUCAUGUGUGGAGUUGGGAGGAGCACAUUCCUGGUCACCCAAGGCCCUUGUACCUCAGUUAACCCAGUCACACACCUUAGUUAACUCUAUAAUGUACAGUGGUCAAAACAACAAAGAGUAAAGCCUUUGGCUUAAGCAUUUUAAAUACAAAUAGAAACCUUUAAACAGUCACAAAUUCUCAUACCCAUAAGAUGGCACUCAGUUUUGCUCAUAUUUGAGAUGAGGGCAUCCUGGACUGCAGGAUCUCUGCAUGGUAACAAUGAAAUAGUCAAAUAAAAGUAAAGUCCACACAAAUCACUGAAAAUUGCACACAAGCAGCUAACAUGUGUAUGCUUACAUUCUGAUGGCUGAAGUGUGGCCAUUACGGAGGUCUCCUCAGAACCAUGAAGAAUAUGUUGGGAAAACCCUUUCUGGCAGUUUCUGCAAAUUUGAUUAAGGUCAGUGACUACUGUCCAGGCAGAAAACUCAACUCUGAAAUAAAGUACCUGUGGGUUUCCCUAUGUGAGACAUCUGCAAGACUUGUGAGUUACAUGAAAGACACCAGCUAAGGAUACAGUAAUAGGAACUCAACAGGCAGGAAGAGACUAACAGGACAGUUCUAAAGAUUUACUACCUUUUGAUCAUUGUAUCAUCAAUCCAAGAUCUCCAGCGACUGAGUUUGAACUUCAGAUUAAAUAAAACUCUGAAUUACUA